AAUCCAUGAGCUUUUUCAAUCAUUUCUUAAAUAUCCAUUCAUCUAAACUUGUUGUGCAUGUUAAUCAAUCCAGACCAUCUGGAAACAUGACCCAUGUUGUAGAUGGAGAAGAUCCUCGAAAUGACACUUUUGGAAGGAUUCUAUCCAACCAAUUGGUGGCCAACAAAUGUACAAUUAAAAAUGGUCAAUGCUGCAAAUUUAAUAGCUAAUGAAUUUUUAUUGUAAAUAAUUGCAACAAAAAUAGAAAAUCUUAAGAAAAAUAAAGGCUAAUUUAUAAUAAAUCUCUCUCCCUUCCUUUUCUCCUCUUUUUCCUACCCUUUCUUUCUUUCCAUGCAACAUCAUUGCAACAGCAGAACCAUCAUCCGCACUCUCUGAAGUAGAGGCUCUCAUGAAAUGGAAAGCCAGCCUCUCGCCAGCACAAGCUCUCCAUUCAUGGAGCCUUCCUUCUGCUAAUUCUACCACCAACACAAUCUCUCCAUGCAACUGGACUGGGAUCUCAUGCAACAGCCUUGGAAGUGUAACAGAGAUACAGUUACCAAGUGCGGGCUUGCAAGGUAAGCUCGAUGACUUGAGUUUCCCGUCAUUUCCAACCCUCAUUCAUCUCGAUCUCAGCAACAACACAAUCAUCGGAACCAUUCCAGUCCAUCUUGACCCUCUUUACAAACUCACGUUCCUGAAUCUGUCUUCAAAUGAAUUAACAAGUGGAUCAAUACCUCUGGAAAUAGGGAAUCUUAUGAACUUGACUGAGCUGGACUUGUCCACUAACCAUCUAGAUGGUUCCAUCCCUUCCACUUUAGGAAACUUGACCAAGCUGACUCUCCUCUACCUCUCUGAGAAUCAAAUUUCUGGUUCUAUUCCUCCACAAGCAGGGAAUCUGUUUAAUCUCGAAGAGCUUGACUUGUCCUUUAACCAUCUAGAUGGUUCUAUCCCUUCCACUUUAGGAAACUUGACCAAGCUGACUCUCCUCCAACUCUUUGAGAAUCAAAUUUCUGGUUCUAUUCCACCAGAAAUAGGGAAUCUGGUUAAUCUCAUGGAUCUUGACAUGUCCAUUAACCCUCUGACAGGUUCUAUCCCUUUCACUUUAGGGAACUUGACCAAGCUUACUAGGUUGUCCCUUUUUUACUGUCAAUUAUCUGGUUCCUUGUCUAAAGAAAUGACAAACAUGACAAAUCUUUCUCAACUCUACUUGGGUGACAACAACUUCUCUGGAUACUUGCCUCAGCUAUGCCCCGGUGGAUCCCUUGAAAAAUCCUCCCUUGAAAAAUUCACUUUGCCAAAUAACCAUUUCAUUGGUGAGAUCCCGAGAAGCUUCAGAAACUGCACUAGCUUAACAAGAGUUCUACUCAACGGAAAUCGUCUCACUACAAAUGUAUCAGAAGCCUUUGGUGUAUACCCACAUCUCACAUACAUGGACGUCAGCGACAACAUGCUGUUUGGUGAACUCUCACCAAACUGGGGAGAAUGCCGAAACUUGACAAAGCUACAAUUCUCCAGGAACAUGAUCACCGGUAGAAUUCCUCCAGAGAUUGGGCAGUUGACACAGCUAGGUAUGCUUGGUCUUUCUUCAAACCAUCUAAUAGGAGAGAUUCCAAAAGAAUUUGGGAGGCUGACUUCUUUUUUCAACUUGAGUUUAAAUGAUAACCAGCGCCUUCUGGUCAGAAAUCGUCAUCGCAACAUUGUAAAGGUAUAUGGCUUAUGUUCCCAUGCUCAAUUCUCAUUUCUAGUCUACAAGUACAUUGAAAGGGGAAGCUUGGCAAGCAUCCUAAGCAAUGAUGAAGGAGCUGCACAGUUAGACUGGACUGCGAGGUUGAAAGUUAUCAAAGGUGUGGCCCAUGCGUUAUCUUACAUGCACCAUGAUUGUACUCUGCCAAUUGUCCAUCGAGACCUAUCAAGCAACAAUGUGUUGUUGAAUUCAGAACUUGAGGCUAGUGUCUCUGACUUUGGAACUGUAUGGUUGCUGAUACCAGAUUCCUCAAAUUGGACCACACUUGAAGGCACUUGCGGAUACAUAGCUCCAGAGCUUGCAUAUACAAUGAGGGUGACUGAAAAAUGCGAUGUAUAUAGCUUUGGUGUUGUGGCACUUGAAGUGAUGAUGGGAAGUCAUCUUGGGGAGCUCAUCUCCUCUUUGUCAUCAUCAUGUGGACAAGAUCCACUCCUAAAAGAUAUGUUGGACCAACGUCUCUCAAAUCCGAUAGCUGGUGUUGCACAGGAAGUCUUAUUUGUGUUAUCCAUGGCUCUUGCAUGCAUUUGGCCAGAUCCAGACUCUCGGCCAACCAUGCGACAUGUGGCUCAGGAGCUAUUUAUUGGUGGGCCUUCUUUCUCUUUACAGCCAUUCCAUGCACUUAUGUUACGUCAACUGAUGGAUCUGAAGGCAUAG